UCGACUCCGGGAAACAGCGCCCCUCGUUGGCCGGCUCUGUCUCCUCCGCUGGCCGGCUCAGUCUCCGGGAAACAGCGCCCCUCGGUGGCCGGCUCUGUCUCCUCCGCUGGCCGGCUCGGUCUCCGGGCAGCUGGGGGAUUUCCUGGGCGGAAGCAGCGGAGGGGGUUUCCAGUGUGAUCAGCCCAGUCCUCCCCGCUGGAUCUCUGAACUGGAUCCCAGUGACUUCUCUCGUACACACAGGACAGAACCACAGAAAGCCCGCUACACCCUGAACCCGGACCAUGAGGAGUUCGCCUGAGGCCCGGAAGCUCGGAGGCAGCGGCAGCGGCAGGUUGACGGUUUGAAUCCGCAGAGUCCGCCGACCCGAGGAGCUGCUGGGCUGAGCUGAGCUGAGCUGUGGCCUGCGGAGGAGAUUCAUGUCAUGUCAGCGGGGAGGAGUGCUGACGGGAGGGAGGUGCAGAUUCCCCUCCAGCAGGUGGCGCCCUCCCUGGCCACGCCCCUCUCAGUGGCUCCACCCAUCACACCGCCCUCUCACCGCCCAGCCAAUCCCUGGCCUCCCAGCGACUUCACCGCAUCACAAGGUGUGCCUGCAGGUUUCCAGCCUCUUCACGGAGGAUUCAGAGAUCACUUCGUAGAAACGCCAGAGGCCAAAUACUGCUGCGAGGCCUGCAGGCUGGUCCUGUGUCAGCCACGACAGACCGAGUGUGGACACCGCUUCUGUCAGAGCUGCAUCAACGAAAUCCUCAGUCAUCCAAACCCGGUAUGUCCAGCUGACAUGGAGCCUCUAUUUAAAGACAAGAUCUUCAGAGACGUUUGCUGCCAUCGGGAGAUCAUGGCGCUGAAGGUUUACUGUCGCAGCGAAGCUAACGGCUGCCAGGAGCAGAUGAGCCUGCAGCAGAUACCUGACCACCUGAACGUGUGUCCGUUCUUUGAGGUGCCGUGUCCGUUGGGUAAAUGCAAAGAGCGAAUGAUGAGGAAGGAGAUCCCGGACCACCUGAGCUGGAAGUGCAAACACAGAGAGACCAGCUGCGAGUUCUGCAUGACCAAGAUGCCUCUGACCGACCUUCAGAAACACAAAGAGACGGUGUGUCCAGCAUUCCCGGUCUCGUGUCCAAACCACUGCUCCUUCUCCUCUCUGCCCCGGAGUGAGUUGUCCAAUCAUCAGCACGACUGUCCCAAAGCUCAGGUGAGCUGCCAGUUCCACCGCUACGGCUGCACCUUCAAGAGUUUAAAUCAGGACAUGAGGCAGCAUGAGUCCACCUUUGCAGCUGAACACCUGAGAAUGAUGGCGAACAGAAGCUCCACAUUAGAGGGCAAGGUGGAGGAUGUUAAAGGUGAGCUAUUAGAGAGGUGUAAGGUGCUUCCUGCUCUCAGCAGUCGUUUGUCCGAACUGGAGAACCAGAACGACGAGCUGAGAGAGAAGAACCGACAGAUGGAGCAGAAAAUGGCCACCAUGCAGAAACUCAUGAGCUCUCACUCAGAGAAGCUCCUGGAGGUGGAGCUGGAGCUUCGUUCUCUCCGUGUGCUCAGAGACGAGGUGGAGAACCUGAGAGGGACACUGGAGAACGUCCGGACAAGACUGAAUGCUCUGGAACAAGGGGGACGCAGCGGGACUGGAUCCACAACACACACUCUAGCAUCCCUGGAGACUCAGUUGAGUCGACAUGAUGACAUGCUGAGUGUCCAUGACAUCCGACUGGCCGACAUGGACCUGCGUUUCCAGGUGCUGGAGACGGCAAGCUACAACGGGACUCUGAUCUGGAAGAUUCGUGACUACAAGAGACGGAAACAGGAAGCAGUGGCGGCAAAGACACUGUCGCUGUACUCGCAGCCAUUUUACACGGGUUACUUUGGAUACAAGAUGUGUGCCCGCGUCUACCUGAAUGGGGAUGGCAUGGGCAAGGGGACACAUCUGUCACUGUUCUUCGUAGUGAUGAGGGGCGAGUAUGACGCCCUGCUGCCCUGGCCCUUCAAACAGAAGGUGACUCUGAUGCUAAUGGACCAGGGUCCGUCAAGGAAACACUUAGGCGAUGCCUUUAAGCCUGAUCCAAACAGCAGCAGCUUCAGGCGUCCUGCAGCCGAGAUGAACAUAGCCUCCGGCUGUCCUCUCUUUGUGUCCCAAAGCGUCCUGGAAACCGGCAGCUACAUCAAAGAUGACACCAUCUUCAUUAAGGUUACCGUUGAUACCUCUGACCUUCCUGACCCGUGACAUUGCGACCCCUUUGACCUCGCUGGUCUCAGAUCAGCUCACCUGUCCAUGCCCCAGAAGAGCAAAGAAUGAUGGGAAGGAUCAGUGGCAAUGGAGGAUACUCGUCUAUCACAGAGCAAUGCUGACAGAAGAGGAGAAGAACAGGCAGACAGGACGCAGCCAAUCAGAGUGAACUUUAUAGAGACUGAAGGGCAGGUGCUCUUCUGAUUGGCUGAUGGACUACAGAAAUGUGUGUGUGUGUGUGUGUGUGUGUGUGUGUGUAUGUGCGUGUGUGAAUGGAUCAGUGUUACCAUGACAUCACCAUGGUGAUAUCACUCAAAGCCAAUGUGGCCGUCGCAGCGAGAACAUUGUUGCUGCUCAUUACUGAUGCCGUGCAUCAAGCUUUACUUCCUGUUUAUUACCUGUUUACCAAGGCAUGCUGGGAAAUCCACUGCAGCCACAGAGGAUCUCAGACAACCGGUCCAGAACCCGUUUCUAUUGUAACGCAGGAGAGACCAGGUACAGACCCAGGACACAGCAUGUGAUCACACUAAUCUAACAUUAAUGGUUAUUUUUUUUUAUAACAAGAGUCCUGUCAGUCGAUUCAGUUCCUGUUUCACCUGUCGGUUACCUGUCAGUUACCUGUUACCGGGUUGAAACAUUCAGUAACAUCUCAUUUGUAUCUGAACCGUCUGUUCCCGUCUGUUAAACCUGUUUUAAUGAGUAAUGUUAUAAUGAGUUCCAGAAUUUGAACCUGAACCACAACCCGAAGCAGCUACUGUGCUGACCACACACAGCAGUAAUACAGGUAUCAGUGAGACAGGUAAUAAAGAUAAACCAGUGGCCUCCCGAGGAAAGGUUUCAAAAGAGAUGAUUCAAACAUGACCACAAUGAUUGGCAGUUCAGAUUCGAGAACAGUAGUCCAGUAGAGUCCAGUAGAUGUUCCCAGUGAGUUCCUCUGUGGCUUCUGAGUUUUCAGCGUGGACAGAAUUCAUCUGACUCAUUUGAUUCAUUUGCACAGUUUGAAUGUUUGUUAACGUGUGAAAAUAAAAAAAUAGAAUGAAAACAAAAA